UCAAUUGCUUAUUCCGCCAUUACAAUGUUUGAAAAUAUGGUAGGAAGAAUAGUAAUUAUACUAUCCGUUUGUACUAUUUCUUUAGUUGUCUCUGAAAUUUCAAUUUAUCGAGAUGUAACAAUAAGCCAAGGUGUGGUCCGAGGCUAUCGACAGCCAGAAGAAAAUAUUUUUACUUUUGAAGAUAUUCCAUACGCUACUGUGCCAACAGGAUAUGAAUUUUAUUCGGCACCUUUACCACCACCAACGUGGAAUGGAAUUUUUGAAGCAAUCGAUAAGAAAACAAUUUGCCAACAACCUCGUCGAGAAAAUACUAAAGAUUCUAAUAUACAAGUACAAUGUCUCAUAGUGAAUAUAUUUGUACCCCAUGGGGAAAUCAAAAACUUACCCGUUGUCGUUUUUGUACAUGGAGGAGCUUUUUUAUACGGGUUUGGUAAUUCAGGAACUCCGAAGAAUUUAGUCAGAAGUGGUAAGGUUAUAGCAGUGACGUUUAAUUAUCGACUUGGACCCCAUGGAUUUUUAUGCCUCGGUACAAAAGCAGCUCCAGGAAACGCUGGUUUAAAAGAUCAAAUUGCACUACUACGAUGGAUACAAAACAACAUUGAAAACUUUGGAGGAAAUCCAAGGGAUGUUACGAUUUCUGGAUGUAGUGCUGGUUCAGUAUCAGUCGAUGUUUUAGCUGUUUCUAAAUUGGCAGAAGGACUAUUUCAUAAGGUGAUUGCAGGAAGUGGUUCUAAUAUUAAUGCUUUUAGUGUGCAAACAGAUCCAUUAGAGAAUGCUCAACGAUUUGCUCAACAACUCGGUUUCCAUAACAUAAACGACUUAGAAGCUUUGGAAAAGUUUUAUUUAGAGACACCCUACGAAGUUUUGGCAAAUGGAACAGUCCUAUUAUAUUCAAGAACUGAUUCAGUCGUAUUAUUUUCACCUUGCGUCGAAAAAGAUGUUGGACAGGAAAUGAUCUUUGAUGAAAGUCCUGUGAAAGUACUGGAGAGUAAAAAUUAUACAAAACUACCUAUGCUCUAUGGAUUUUGUGAAAUGGAAGGACUUUUUAGAAUAAAUCGUUUUGAAGAAUGGAAAAAACAGAUGAAUGAAAACUUCCUGGAUUUUCUACCGCCCGACUUGGGUACAAGUUUAAAAAAAAGGAAAGCACUAGCCAAUGAUAUCAAAGAGUUCUAUUUUGGUAACAAGCCUGUAUCUGAUAGCAAUGUUUCGAAAUACAUAGAUUUCUUUACAGACGUAAUGUUUGGGUACGGAAUGCUUCGAUCUGCAAGACUUCAAUUAGAGGCUGGAAAUAAUCAAAUAUAUCUCUACGAGUAUUCAUUUAUACACGAGAAUGAUCCAUUUAUUCUUAAUACCACGAAUAAAGGCGCUACACAUUGUGCUCAGAACACUGCCGUUUUAGAUGACUCUAAUGAAAACACGUUAUCGAACGAAUUUAAGAAAAUGAAGGCGGUUAUGCGAGAGCUGUGGUUAAAUUUUAUUACAACUGGAGCUCCAGUUCCACAAGGAUCGAGUUACCCUGCCUGGCCACCGAUGUCUCUUGAGAGAUCUUUUAUGUCGUUGAAUAGUACUUUAGAGUAUCGAGAUGCUCUUAAUCCAGAGAGUGUAAAUUUCUGGGAUAAUAUUAUUAAGCAUCAUUACAUAUAUCCCAAACCACCGCAUCACUCAACUAGAUCUGGAUUUGAAUAAUCCAGGCCUCUGUAAUAAUCUUAUAAAUAGAAAUUGCAUGAAAUUUAUAUUUAAGUUUUUACGGAUUUUAAGGGACCGCUCUCUAGCUGGCUAUUACCGCAUUCAACAAGCAAACAUGCAUUCGAUAAGUGGGGAGAGUGGAGAGUGGUUAAAUACUUUAUAGUCCUAUUUUUUAAUUUUGUGUUUAGUAGGUACAUGCGAAUUAAAUACAUUAUUAUAUAUACGUUUUAAUAUGAAUUGUAAUUUUCAAGUUAGUGAGCAAGCGAGAAUUGACAAGUUUCAGCUAAAUAAACUUGAAAAUAUCAUACAAUAUUUGCUUAUGACAAGGUCAAGAAGUUGCGGUUGCUCGCUAGUUAUAUUAUGUAAUUAAUUUUUGCAAUGUUCCUAGUAAUAAAACAAUAUUAAAAUAUUUUAGUACUUAA